AUGCCAAUUUUCUGUUUCUGUAAUUUACAUUUGAAACUUACUCAACGCCUUAAAGUUCCACCGCCAAUUCACCAGUUCUCGAAAACCCUCGACAAGAACCUGGCAACGAGCUUAUUCAAGAUGCUUCUCAAGUACAGGCCUGAGGAUAGAGCUCAAAAGAAAGAGAGGCUUCUAAAAAGAGCUCAGGCCGAGGCUGAAGGAAAAACACCUGAGGUUAAGAAGCCAAUCAUAGUGAAAUAUGGUCUCAACCAUGUCACCUAUCUGAUUGAGCAGAAUAAAGCUCAAUUAGUGGUCAUUGCACAUGAUGUCGACCCCAUUGAGUUGGUUGUAUGGCUUCCCGCAUUGUGCAGGAAAAUGGAAAUCCCUUACUGCAUAGUGAAGGGAAAGGCACGUUUGGGAACUAUUGUCCAUAAGAAGACGGCCUCUGUAUUGUGCUUAACUUCAGUUAAGAAUGAAGACAAGAUGGACUUCAGCAGGAUCUUGGAAGCUAUUAAGUUGUGCUAUCUUCUAGUUGCUGAUGAAGUUCAUAAACUUGAAAAGCAGUGUAGCUCGAAAGGGAUCCAUGGAGAUAUUUAG